AGGGGGGGUGGAUGAGCUUCUGCGCGUGCCGUGCAGUCUGAGUCUGAGUGACGUCUCUCUGCUCUCUGAGGAUCCGUGUGUUGUUGCAUCGCUCCUGUUUUGCAUCUACAUCAGUUUUUCCGAAUGACUUCAGCUCAUCGCCUGUAAGUAACGACAGGAAAAGUGAAAGUGACUCCCAUAGUGUGACGGUAAAAUAAAGCUGCAUCGUAUCGUGACAGUUGAGAUUCUCGCACGCCGUCUGCUUGCAGAGCCCUCGCUCGUCGGUUACCGAGUGUCUUAUCCUGAUCGAUUAUUGUGAACGGAAUCAUGUCAGAAGUGCUGCCUUACGACGAGAACAUCUCUCCUUACGGUGAUGAUGGAGAUGAAGAGCAGAUAUCCCUCACCUGUCGCCUGCAGAACAACAACAGUAACUUCUUCAGUUCUGCGCAGAACAAACGAGCUCCGAAACUCGGACAGAUCGGACGCAGUAAGAGAGUUGUCAUAGAAGAUGACAGAAUUGAUGAAGUUCUGAACAACACAGCAGAGAAGUCAUCGGCGGGAGUGUAACGCUCAAGGACGACGUCAAAGCGGCAGGAAAUCGUGGGUUACGUGCAUUCUGCAUCAAAAGCACUUUGCAGUCCCUCUUAGUAUGGGUUGAAUUUCACUGUGCGGCAGCAGGCGAGGAGAGAGUCCCUGCUGCGGGCAUCCGAACCGAGGAAGCUGGGCUCUGUCUGCUUUCUCUCUUUAAGGGCAUGUUUCAUAUCCCUUCUUAUAAAGUGACAUCUUACACUGGACAUGUUGUUUAAAAUACAUGUGGAGUUGGUCUGUAGUGGUCCAGAUUCAGUUUAUAUUGUGAGAGGAAUGCAUUGAUAUAAAUCACAAGCACAAAUCUGGCAACUUUUGUUC